UUUAUCAAAAAAAGAUUAUACACAUUAAUUUCAUUCACCACCAUACGCUUUCUUUCUAGCUUUGUCUUCUGAACGUUUCAUUCGUUCAUAUCAAUCAAACCAACCACCAAUCUACCUUUAAGCUUUUUCGCAUCUUCAUCUUCAUCUUCGUCUUCUUACCAAGCUUCGUUAUACAAAAUGCUUAGAUCUCGAUUCAGCAUCCAACCGCUCACCGGCGUCGGCUCCGUCACCACCGCCGAUCACACAAAUGCCACCACCUCCCGCUCCCUCUCCUUCGAUUUCUCUCCACUUCAGCUCCCUCCUCUCCGUUCCCGUCGCUGUUGCUUCCGCAAAGCCAAAUCCAUCCUCAUUUCAUGUAAUUCAUCUCGCAGCAGAUCCAGUUUCGGCGAUCUUCAUAACAACAACAAUAACAACAACGAUUUUCUCGAAGCUUCUCUCCUUCUCUCAGAAACAAUCACACACUAUCGUAUGUGGAGACACCGUUUUCAACCUGAGUUACAAUGGAAAUCGCCCACCUCAUCAAGAACGGAUAAUAACCAUUUAUUCAGACAAGGCUUUCUACAGCGUUUUCAGAAUCCCACAAUUUUUCUCAAGAUUUCUUGUGAUGGAGACUAUGUUCUGCCCAUUGUUGUAGGAAAGAUUGCUAUUGAAAAGCUUAUAGAUGCUGAAGCUGAACAAGAAAGUGAGGAUUGUCCGGAUCGGUUUCAGUUUGUAAAUAACCUAGUUGAAAGACUAGACCAUGAAGUAUUAAUGGUAAGAAUUACAGAGAGAGUAGUCAGUACUUACUUUGCCAAAUUGUACCUUAGCCAGCCAGGGAAAAGUGAUAUUAUUGGUGUGGAUGCACGUCCGUCAGAUGCCAUUAAUGUUGCAAAUAGAUGCAAGGCUCCAAUAUAUGUAAGUAAACAAAUUGUUUUCACAGAUGCUAUAAGGCUCGGUUAUGGAAUGGGCAGAGUGCAUAAUAAGAAGGCUAUUUAUGAUGUAUUGCUUGACAGUCCCAUAGAUGGUCCAGAUUCGGUAGCUGAAGAACUAAGUAUGAUGCAUAAUAUGCAUUUAGCUAUCAAACAGGAACGAUUUAACGACGCAGCUAUAUGGAGAGACAAACUUGAAAAUCUUCGUAAAUCAUCUCAUGAGCACUAGGUGGUGAUGACAGGGUAAGUUCUGAAGAGGAACGUAUGGUUAUCUUUUCCUGAUAAUUUUUCAACAGGAAUAUAUCGAGGCAUAAGUUACAGAAAUGAAGCAAAAUUAUGUGUUGUACAGCUAAGAAUUAGAAUCCUUAACCUCAGUUUGUGUAUAUAAUCAAAUGUAUUGAGGCCUAAAACUUGUGGAAGGUUCUCGUACUUCCACUUAUACUUGUGAAUUGCAACACAUCGAGUAUGUUUGCAAUCCUUGACAUGAUCAUCAAUGAAAUUAUGAAAAGAAUAUAUGGCAUUGCCACUCUCUGAUUAAUGAAUGUAAUAUAAAGUCCUUAACAUUGAUAGUUUUAAA